AUGAUAUCGUUAAAAAUAUUCAUAUCCAGUUCUUCGAGUGGCAGUGGCCAAUUUCGUCGCCUCCGGUUUUUGAAAUGUUUGAUUGGCCCGGGAACCUGUGGUCUCCUUACGAGUGGGUUUACAAAUUGUGCUGGUGGCUGGGCCUGUGGUGCUUGGGCCGGUGGUGCUGGGGCCUGUGGUGCUGGGGCCGGUGGUGCUGGGGCCUGUGGUGCUGGGGCCGGUGGUGCUGGGGCCGGUGGUGCUGGGGCCGGUGGUGCUGGGGCCGGUGGUGCUGGGGCCGGUGGUGCUGGGGCCGGUGGUGCUGGGGCCGGUGGUGCUGGGGCCGGUGGUGCUGGGGCCUGUGGUGCUGGGGCCUGUGGUGCUGGGGCCUGUGGGGCUGGCUGA